CUACCCCCCCCCACAGUCCGCUACAGAUGGACGGACGGACGCUGCGACGACUGCUGUGCGUGUUCCUGCUGUGCGAGGUCGGAGGUCAGCUGCUGUCAUGGCGAGACUUCUCCCGCAGACCCGUACUGAAGACCUACAUCCCACCUCCACUUACAGCUCAGGUCCCACAAGCAGAUGUUCCCAGGUUCACCUUGGUGACCCCAGACCUGCUGCGGGUGGACAGCCAGGAGAACAUCUACCUGCAGGCUGAAGGCGUGACCACCGCCAUCGAGGUGGCCAUCACCAUCACGGACUUCGCCAAGUCCACCACCCUGCUGACGGACAGGAUCACCCUGGACCAAAGCAACAACUUCCACACCCUCAAGGCCGUACAGAUCCCCUCCGAACCUUUGAACCGUGACGAGACCAAGGACAAGUUCGUGAGGCUGACGGCCAACUUUGUCAACCACCGCACGGAGGAGAGACUCAUCCUGGUGAGCUUCCACGCGGGAUACAUCUUCGUGCAGACGGACAAGCCCAUCUACAACCCCGGAGACGAGGUGCGCUCACGAGCGUUUGUGUCGUCUCCGUCCUUCAAGGCUGUGGACAACUCUCUGACUAUCGACGUGCAGAAUCCAGAAGGUGUGGUGGUCAAGCAGGUGUUCCGGAGCCGGGCUUCUUACGGCGUCUUGUCAGACUCUUUUUUCUUGCCGGAGUUUGCCAAUGAAGGCAUCUGGAAGAUCAUCGCCAAGUUUGACCACUGGAAGCAGAACACCUUCACCUCCCAGUUUGAGGUGAAGAAGUACGUGCUCCCUGCCUUCAACGUCACCUUGACGCCCAGGAAGUCCUACCUGAGCCUCCAUGACGAGCAGCUGGAGGUGGAGAUCUCUGCCAGGUACCUUUACGGCCAGCCGGUCCAGGGCAAGGCCUACGUGGUGUUUGGAGUCCACGCCAACAAGGAGAUGACCCGCUUGCCCUCGGUCAAGCAGGUGUCUAACCUGGAGGGCGGAGUCGUGACGCUGAGCUUGGACGAGCUGAAGAGGGCGUACCCCAACAUCCGGGCAUUGGCGGGCAGCUCCCUCUACGUCAAAGCUUCCGUCCUCACCGAGACCGGCAGCGACCUGGUGGAAGCGACGAAGACGGGCAUCAGGAUUGUGGACUCCCCCUACGUCCUGUCCUUCAAAGACACACAGAAGUUCUUCAAACCAGGACUCCCCUUUGACUUCACCAUCCAGGUGAGCCACCCGGACGGCUCCCCGGCUCGCAACAUCCCGGUGAAGGUGAACAUGCUGAAGGAGCCCAUGAUGCUGGGCUCGGGCACGACCAGGGCCACGGUCAACAUGCCCGACGGCCAUCGCAGCCAAACCCUCGUUGUCGAGACCAUGCAGGCGGGCCUCAAACCGGACCAGCAGGCUAAGAACCAAAUAAUCCUCCUCCCGUACAGAACCAGGCUCAGCAUGACCUACCUCCACAUCUCCACCAGCACCAACACGGCGUCCGUAGGCGACCGGCUGUCCUUCAAACUCACCAUCGCUGCCGAGCCCAAAGUCCGAGACCGCGUCCGCCACAUCACCUACCUGGUGGUCAACAAAGGCAAGAUCAUCGAUGCCAAGCGGAUAGACGUGACCGGACAGCUGGUCACCAGCGUGGGGGUGACCGUCACGCCCGAAAUUAUGCCCUCCUUCCGCUUCGUGGCCUUCUUCAGCCUUAUGGCAGGAUUCCGGGAGGAGGUGAUGGCCGACUCCAUCUGGGUGGAUGUGGCCGACUCCUGCGUUGGAGAUCUGCAAGUGGGCCCAGUGGACGCCUUCCCGUCAGACCACAUCCCGGGGAAGAUCUUCAGCUUGCGCGUGAGAGGCGAGCCCGGGGCCAACGUCAGCCUGGUUGCCGUGGACAACUCGGUCUACCUGCUCAACAGGGACAGACUCACCCAGGGCAAGAUGUGGGACUUGGUGGAGCACGGGGACAUCGGCUGCACCCGCGGAGGCGGGGCCAGUGCGCAGGGGGUGCUGAAGGACGCCGGGCUGAUGUUCUCGUCCAGCGGCGGCUUCAGAACCGACACCAGACAAACACUGCACUGUCCUGUCAGCAACACCCGGAGGCGCUCUGCUGAACGCCUGCAGAGGAAAGCACAGCUGGAGAGUCACUACAAGGAGAAGCUGCAGCACCGCUGCUGCAGAGACGGGCUGCGGGACAUCCCCAUGCCCUACUCCUGCACCCGGCGCUCUCUCUACAUCACGGAGGGCUGGGAGUGCAUCCGGGCCUUCCGCUACUGCUGCGCCACCUACCGGGACCAGGAGCUGGACACGGAGCUGCCCACCACCUUUGCACCCACUACCGUUGCACCCACCACCAGUGCACCACCCGUGCCCACCUUCGCACACCGCGGACCUUCGGGACCCAUGAUCCCUCUCCGGAGAGAAAUGUUUAACUGGGGAAGACCGCAAGCCAGGUUGGUGGAGUCCAGGGUGGAGUACAGCUCCCCAAAUAAGGCCUUCGACUCUACGGGGCCGCACUUCACAAAGCCGAGCGUGGCGGAGCAGGAGGAAGGCGUGGACCACGAGGAGUACGAAGAUGACGAUUACCUGGAGGAGCGGGACGUCUACCUGCGCUCCAAGUUCUUCGAGUCGUGGCUGUGGACCGACAUCAACCUGCCCGGCGACGCCGACGCAGACGGGUUAGCGUCUAAGGACUUGACCCGGGCUUUACCCGACAGCAUCACAGAGUGGGGGGUGAUGGCCAUCAGCUCCUCGCCUAACACAGGUUUCUGCGUGGCCGAGCCGUACAACAUCAAAGCCUGGAAGCGUUUCUUCGUGGACUUGAAGCUCCCGUACUCGGUGGCGAGGAACGAACAAGUGGAGAUCAAGGCCGUCAUCCACAACUACGGCUACGACGAUCUGCACGUGCGCGUGGUUCUGAUGAAGACGGAAGACGUGUGCAGCGUCGCCUUCAGGGACCGACACACGCAGGAAGUGACGCUGGCGGCGGGGGCGUCCAAGGUGGUGCCCUACACCAUCAUGCCCCUGGCGGUGGGCCGGCUCCCCAUCGAGGUGAUGGUGGUGGCCCGUGACUUGAUGGGCGGAGACCGCGUCCAGAAGCUCCUGCGCGUGGUGAUGGAUGGAGUCCAGAAGAGCAAAGUCCAAAGUGCCGUCCUGAACCCGUCUGCUGAAGGAGGAAAGCAGACAGUCCAUGUGGGCAAGGUGGAACUGGAGGGCGUGGUACCGAACUCGGUGCCGGAAACCUUCAUCAACGUCAGAGGGAACGUGUUGGCCGACAGCAUCGACAACUCCAUCAGCGACGACUCCCUGGCCUCCCUCAUCCGGAUGCCCGGCGGCUGCGUGGAGCAGAACCUGGCAACCAUCACGCUGCCGCUCAUUGCCACCCUCUACCUGGAACGCAGCGACAACUGGGAGAGCGUGGGCGUGUUGCGCAAGGUCGACGCGCUGCGAUACAUCCGGAGAGGCUAUGAAAACCAGCUGGCCUACAAAAAGACUGACGGCUCUUACCCCCCCUACAGGAGGGAAGGUGCAAGUACUUGGAUCACGGCAUACGUAGUGAAGGUCUUCUCCAUGGCUCACUCCAUCAUCGGCGUGGACACCCAGCAAGUCUGUAAACCGCUCAACUUCCUGGUGGGCUACAAGCAGAGGCUUCCCACGGGUUACUUCGUGGAGGACAACCCUGUGUACAGCACAACCAUGACCGGCGGAAUACACGGCAGGGACGGCGAGACCACGCUGACGGCUUUCGUCGUCGUGGCGCUGGCGGAGGCGAAGCAGGCGGGAAUCCGAUGCAGCGGUCAAAACCUGGAGGCGGCCAUUGGUAAGACAGCAGAAUACCUGAGGAAGGCCCUGAUGAGGUCAGGCUUGAGGCCCUACACGGUGGCCAUCGCCUCCUACGCCCUGGCCUUGGUGGGGAAAGGACCAGCCUUUGACCCUACAAGACAUCUCAGGGCAUCACGUCAAGGUAGCCACUGGCCUGACAGGCAGAACCAAUUGUUCAGCUUGGAGGCCACGGGUUACGCCCUGCUGGCAUUGGUCAAGUUGGGUCACAUGACCGAAGCAAAGGAAGCCUUCAAGUGGCUGAACAGUCAGAGGAGGAUUGGAGGAGGCUUCGGUUCCACUCAGUCCACCAUGGUGGUGCUGCAGGCGCUGUCGGAGUACUUAAUCAACACUCCUUCCGCUAACGAGGUGGCUCUGGACGUGGACGUCAGGAUAACGGGCCGCCGGGACAUUCGCUACCACUUCAACCCCAGGACCGCCUAUGCCGCUCAGUCGUCCCGCCUGCCCGCUGACCUGGACCUGACUGUGGAGGCCACAGGGACCGGACAGGGAAUACUGGAGGUGGUGACCUACUACAACCAGGUGCACGAGGUGGACGAGAAGAUUCCCUGCAAGGACUUUGAGCUCAGCGUCGCCAUCGAGGAGGCCAGCGGGACGCCGCCAGCAGACGUGGAGAAGUCCUACCAGAUGGUCAUCAAACUGAGGGCUUUAGGACCCAGCGACGUGCGGAUGGUGGUGCUGGACGUCAGCAUGCCCACGGGCUUCACCCCGGAGGACUCGGACCUGGAUCUGCUCUCCAACUCAGUGGACCGCUACAUCAGCCACUUCAAGAUGGUGGACAACCUCAGCGACCGAGGCUCCCUCAUCCUGCACCUGUUCAAGGUGUCGCACAAGGAGCCUGAGAUCCUGGUCUUCAGGCUGCAGCAGAACUUCAAAGUGGGACUCCUGCAGCCCUCCUCUGUCACUGCAUACCAGUACUACAACCCGGACCAUCGCUGCAGCAAGACGUACACGCCCAGACAACACCGAGACGACCUGACUCACAUCUGCAAGGACAACGUGUGCCGCUGCACGCACGGCGACUGCUGUAUCGCCAAAGGUGACAGCCAGGACUUUGCCAACAAGGAGAGAGAGACGUUUGCCUGCCAGUCUCUGCAUCAUGUCUUCCAGGUGAAGGUAGUGAACAUCAGCCACAGUUACUAUGACAAAUACCACAUGGAGAUCACACGCGUUAUCAAACUGGGCGUGGAGGCGGGAGUCGAACCUGGUCAGAGGAGGUUCUUCAUGUCUCACGGAGGCUGCAGACAAGGACUGGACCUGAAGAUGGACUCCCAGUACCUCAUCAUGGGACCUAAAGAGGACCAGUGGGACGUGGACAAGGACACAAACAAAUUGAUGUACACGCUGGGUAAGACCACCUGGGUGGAGCGCUGGCCUUCGCCUGCCGAGUGCGCCGGAGACCUGCGAGCCAAAUGCACGAGCCUCGCCGCCGCCGCCAACGAACUCUUUGUGAACGCCUGCAGGCUGUGAGAGCCGCCGUGUUGACUGCGGGAACACAACUACGUCUGCUAGAAAGACGAGCUGUGAUGGGAGAUCAUGUACAAAGGGUAGUAGUAGUGGUAGUACUGAAAUAGUAGUAGUUGUACCCUUCAUUUUCAUCCGUUUGAGAGGUCAUCAUAAUUGCAGUGGCCUAAAACUUCAUGCCGGGUCUGAAUGUCGUAGCACGCAAUGCGUCAUUCCUGGUAGUGCUCAAAUAAAACAGUUGAUUAUAUGAA